CCAGAGGGUGCCAGAUCAGAGAGAUCCAAAUGUAUUUAUUGCUAGAAUCCUUUAAAUCUCUGUUAGAAAGCUUAUAUGAAAGCUAAGCAUGAAUAUGUCAUAUCAAGGUUACUUUCAUUCCUAUUCUGAAGAAAAAAUAUGAGUGCCCUACAUCUAAAAGAGAACUAUUGUGAAAUUAGCUCAAUGCACUGUAUAUUGGAUGCAAACUAAGGUAAACAUUAGAUAGUCAGUGGUCAUGUGUACAAUAAUUACUAGUUAGCAUUUUAUAGAGAUACGUAUUAAUUUGAUUUUUUGCCUCUGUUUCUUACAUUUAAUACAACUUUUAGAAAAUAUUUACCGAUUUAAACACAUUAUAUGUAAGUGAAGUAGCUCUUCUAAACAUUGAAUGACUAAAUACUUUUCUUAUGUAAAAGAUAUAUUUACUGUGUAUAGAUUAUGGACACAGGAUUACAAAGGACAUUCCCAACUUAAAAAUUCUGUUUGACAAUAUUUUUAGAAGGAACAGCAAUAAUUACUGCAGUGCAAGAGAUUACUACAUUCCUCCCAUUUUAUAUAUUAUUUACUUCAAUAUUUGACAGCUGUUUCUAAAGAAUGAGAUUAAUUGCUUCCCUUUGUAGUAACACGAUUUCAUUUGCUGAUUGGUGUGGGUGUUUCAUAUCAUGAUGAGAGGUUAACAGCAGCAAAAAAACUUGGCAGAAAUAUUGUCUGAGGGGCUCAAAUGAGUAAAAUACUCAUUUUGAGUACAUACUGUUACUAACUUCUAUUUUGCAAUUAUCUAGACUUCAAAGUACAAUACAUUUAAUAAAAUAUUUAACCUCUUGUUAGAUAUCAUAGUCUUCAGGAUUCUUCCAAUUUAUUUCUUUGCAUAAUGUGAGUAGGAAUUUGGAAUUAAGGUGAAGUACUGCUUUCACUACAAUCAAACGUCUUUGGUGACAGUAUUGGCUCAUUUAAUAAUUGCUGUACCUGUUUCUGUUGGAGCCUUGAAAACAUAUUACUAACUCAUGACUGUGUCUGAAAAUUUGAUUCUGUGCAACAGUGAGAAAAUAGUUUCCCAUAAAAGUAAAACACACUUGUUUUUCACCAAUUUAUAAAUACGAGGGUUAUUUGGUUGUUAUUUUUCCCAUUUUCCUAAUGCUUUGAGUUUUUGAGGCAGCUUAACACUGACUUUAUGACAUUCUGUUUCCUUCUUGCUAGCAGAGAGUGAAGAAGAGGAUGACAUUGAAAUGGAAGUUGAAGAUCAAGAUAAUAAAGAUGCUGAAAAGCCAAAUAUUAAUUUUGACACCAGUCUGCCAACAUCACAUGUGUAUUUGGGUUCAGAUAUGGAAGAGUUUCAUGGGAGAACAGUGCAUGAUGAUGACAGCUGUCAAGUUAUUCCAGUGUUGCCUCAUGUGGUGGUAAUGUUGAUUCCUGGACAAACCUUGCCUCUUCAGCUUUUUCGCCCUCAAGAGGUUAGCAUGGUGCGGAAUUUAAUUCAGAAAGACAGAACCUUUGCUGUUCUUGCGUACAGCAAUAUACGUGAAAGGGAAGCACAUUUUGGAACAACAGCUGAAAUAUAUGCCUACCGAGAAGAACAGGAGUUUGGAAUUGAAACAGUGAAAGUGAAAGCAGUGGGAAGACAGAGAUUCAAAGUGCUUGAAAUAAGAACCCAAUCAGAUGGCAUCCAACAGGCUAAAGUACAGAUCCUUCCUGAGCGAGUGCUACCUUCAACUAUGUCAGCAGUACAGCUGGAAUCUCUCAACAGAUGCCACAUAUUUCCUUCUUCCAAACCCACAACAUGGCAGGACCAACACAUACAUCAAUGGUGGCAGAAAUAUCAAAAGCGGAAGUUUCAUUGUGCUAGUUUGACUUCUUGGCCACCGUGGCUCUACUCUUUAUAUGAUGCUGAAACCUUGAUGGAAAGAGUCAAGAGGCAACUGCAUGAGUGGGAUGAAAAUCUUAAAGACGAAUCUCUUCCAUCAAAUCCAAUAGAUUUUUCUUACAGAGUUGCUGCAUGCCUGCCAAUUGAUGAUUCGUUACGUAUUCAGCUGCUUAAAAUAGGUAGCGCUAUUCAGCGAUUACGGUGUGAAUUAGAUAUUAUGAACAAAUGUACCUCUCUUUGUUGUAAGCAAUGUCAAGACACAGAAAUAACAACCAAGAAUGAAAUAUUCAGUUUAUCCUUGUGUGGACCUAUGGCAGCAUAUGUGAAUCCUCAUGGAUAUGUCCAUGAGACCCUUACAGUAUACAAAGCCUGCAACUUGAAUCUGAAUGGCCGACCUUCUACAGAGCACAGUUGGUUUCCUGGAUAUGCAUGGACUAUAGCCCAGUGCAGAAUCUGUGGGAAUCACAUGGGGUGGAAGUUCACAGCUGCUAAAAAAGAUCUGUCUCCUCAAAAAUUCUGGGGAUUGACCCGCUCUGCUCUCCUGCCUAGAAUUCCAGAAAUGGAAGAUGGAUCAGUCCAUAAUAGAUCACCAUUACUUUGCUUGUAAUCUAGUAAUCUGUUUUUGGAAUGAAAAAGCAAUCACCAGAGUGUGUCAGUUGAAUAUGCUCAAUGUUACUUCUGAUGCUUGCAUUCUUAAAUAAGUUUAAGAAAUGAAAGCAAAGACAGACAGGCAUCAUUAAAAUUGGGUUUGGUGCACAGACAAAAUACUGUUAUUUCCCGAUACUCUGGGAAUUGAAUGUUGUAUUUUCAAAUUUUGACCACUGGGAAGAGAAGCAUAGUGAGAGACCAGCAAAUGCAUCUGAUUCUAGGAAUGUUAGAUAAAUGCUGAAACAGUUACUCCAACUUACCACUGUAUAAUUUAAGAAGAUAUUUACUGCUAUUGAAUUAAGGCAAAAGAUAAAUCAAAUAGACAGUAUUUGAUUCAUACAAUUUACGUAUGAUAGUAAAUAUCAAGUUUUGUUUGUGGGAUAUUGGCUACUAGCAUACUUUAAGUAGAUUUGGCUGAGAAAUUUUUGUUUCUAACUAUAUGAAAUACUCUUAUGUUCACACUGCUCUUUUUAAAUGUUUGCCCAAAUAUCAAAGAAUGUAUGAGGUCUAAACCUCUUUACUGAUUGAUGUUCCAUUGGUUAGUGUCAUCCUUGUAGUGAUGCUGUAAAUGAUAGAAGCCAAGCACUUACUGAUAUCCGCUGCUAAAGCAACUACUGUAUAAAAUUCCUUUUUAAAGGAAUCCUGUAUCAAUUGUUUUGUCCUUAUCAGUUAUUUCAUAUACUUAGCAUGUUUGACAUGUUGAUCAGCAAUCAUUUAAAAACAAAAUUACUAAAAUGUACAAGUUUAUUCCGGUGCAUUAAAAUAUAUUGCCAUUUAAUUCCAUAAUAUAUUAAUACAUUUCAGUCAGUAAAAUUAAAUAGGUUUACAUUUAUAAAACAAUUUCCUUCUGAAGCUUAAUUAUCUUUUAUACAUGCCUAAAGUUUGGUGAAGUAUUUCACAGAUUACUUAAUAUUUGAAAUCACUCACAUUUUGACGAGGGCAGAGCAGCAUAUCUUUACUGCUUUUUACCUUUGCAUAUCAUAAGUGAAAGACUGUGUAUUUAUCAUUCUUUCCUGAUAAAGAAGUAAUGUUUCUAUAUAAAGUAGAAAUCAAAGGCAGGUUUGUUUUUGAAACACUGCACGACAGAAAAGGGUGCCAAAAAGGGUGCAGCUUUUGCAGUUUUUUUCAGAAUGCACUUUGUUGGUAGAAUCUGAAGAAGACAGAUUUCUCCCAUAUAUUUUUUUCUUGUGAGGCUCUUCUGUUCAUUCUUUAUUUGUUCAAACUAAAUCUUAGAAAUCCUGUGUGUAUGGUUACUUGUAUUGUUAAAGCAAAAUUAUACUAGAAUGCUUAACAUUAUAUUUAUGAAAUGUUUCAUCCAUCCCCACAUACUAUGAUUGUUUGUAUAUUUUACGUAGUAUUAAUAUGUAACUCCAGUAAUGGAAUAAGGACAAGUAUCUUUGAGACCAGAAGCUGACUUUACUAAUAAUGCCAUGGUGUUAUUGUAUUGCAGUCAAAAACAGAUUUUCAGGUAAUACAAGAUGUUGUAUGCUGAAAGGAUAUUAGAAAACUUUGUUAGAUAUCUAAAGAGAAAUGAUGGUGUAACUCAGGUUUAGUUUCUUGAAGCCUUCUACCUCUGUGUUUCUAUGAUGUUUUUUGUUAUCCCAUAUACAUUGGUAAAAUCAAAUUUAAGUUUAUGCUACAACAUUCUUACCAGUGAGCUGGGAAAAGCAAUAUUAGCUGAAACAUAAUUCUGAACAGAUAGAGGGUUAAAGAUUAUUCAUUUUCUUAAAGCAUUCUAGAUUUUCCUCGGUUUUUUUACUCAGCUUUCAAAAAACUGAAAUAAUGUUAAGUGCUAGUGUGAAAGAGCAAGAGUCGUUGAGCUAUCUGUACUAUACUCAUUUGAAUCACAUUGAGGGUGUGUUUUUCCUAAUGUAGUAAACACAAAAACAUAUAGUUAGAUUUUUUUUUUCAAAGGUACUAAGCACCUGAGGUUCCCAUUGACAUUAAUGAGCUUUGUGGAUGCCUAGCACUUCUGAAAAUCAAGUCAUUUUCUGUUAAUGUUCACUGAGUUGCGGUGAGUGAUUUUUUUUUUUUUCCAGAAAGAAUGUUGUCUUCAGCUAUCACCAAACCUAAUAGCAUGGUUUUAUUUUUGGCUAGGUCUGUAUCAGAUUGCCUCAACUCAAAAUAUCAGAAUAACAUUGUGCGAUAAUAUUUGACCAUGAAGUAGGCAUAUUUUUGGUAUUGUGCAUAUAUAAAAAUGUAAAACUAAUAUAAUUGAGUGAGGUUAGUCAGACGUUAAUUUAGCACUAAUUUAAAGUUUUUCACUCUGUCUAAACUUCUGUGUAAUUUUUACCAUUACCAAAGUUCAUGGCAUUUUCUAAGUUGAAAACAUGUGUGAGUCAGGUUAAUUGCAAAGAAGAUAAAUCCUGUUGAGGGACACCUAGCCAUUAAAAUCUACCACUGUUGUAGGGAUCCUUAUUAUGUAAAAUAUGUGUUUUAUAGUAUGGAAGUAGAAUUGUAAAAGGUUCUCUGUACAUUAGUUAGAUUUUUCUAUGCUUAGAAAAAUGGGGUUUCUUUUUGGGGGAAGAACUACUACAAUGUUAGGAUUGUCAGCUGUUAUCAGUAAAUUAUUCACAAAUAUUGUACAGAAAUUACUUACUUCUAAGAUCCAAGUACUAAACAAAUCAGUAAAUAUCAUGAAAAUAGUUGUUUCACAUUCAUCGGUUUAAAGCCAUUAUUGCAGUAGCAUUAGGAUACCACAUUGAUCUGAUAGACUAUUUCACUAACAAAUAUCAAGAUUUCAGAAUAUCUUUUAAAUUUUGGUGCAGAAACAGAACCAUAAUGAAAUGGUUCGUUGUUGCAUGCAGCUUUUUCUGUUCUAAAGUGUUUUGGAAUUCUAUAUCUUUUAUUUUAUAAUAAUGCUAUUUUUGUACAUGAAACAUUUUGUUCAUCCACCUGUUUUUCAUCUGACUGUUUAAAACUCCUUUUAAAAGUUGCAGUUAGGGUAGCACGCUCUGCUUUAACUGUUCCUUUCUCUGCCUUUUGAAACAAGUUUUCAGAAAAUCUCAUUGCUUGCAGACAUUUGUAAAAAAUAAAACUCUUUCAAACGUAUUUCAAAACAAA